UCUAUAAGUCUACCAAGUGCAACGACAUGCGACAGACCGGGCACUGCCCUCGGGGCCCCUUCUGUGCUUUUGCGCACGUGGAGAAGAGUCUUGGAAUGGCCAGCGACUGGGGCUGCCGAGACCUCACCUCCACCAGUGGCCCCGUGGCCCCCAGCGGGCAGCCCGGACACGCAAAGCGGAGAGAUUCACCUGCUGAAGGCAGCCAGAAGGCCAGCGAGCAGGACAGUAAGCAGGUACUACCCGAGGCGAGAUUUGACAUUCUCUUUGCGACUAGACCGCUGCCUGUGUAGCCCGUCACUUACCCCUGACUCACGCCGUGACCUGGUUAACAUCCAUUUGUAAAACAGCUACAUUCUUAUAUUCUUCUUAAAGUCAUCUGUUCCAUGUGUCCUUUGUUUUAAUG